GGUACGCCCACCACCCCAUUACGGAGCAAAAAUCUUCACCUGUGCACCCAAAUUACCUUUGCCAAAAACCUUAACCAAACGUGUUUCAACAGAAGGUUAAUUUCCACAUUCGUUCGUCUGGCCCUUUUUUAUGUUGAUUGCUGGUCUUCCUUCAACAACAAAAGCUAAUUUAUUUCCUUGAAAAUGAUUCGUGUGUUUUUAUGUGUUAUUUACGAAAAGGAAAGAUGACAACAGAAGUAGCUUUGGUUAUAGAUGAAGAAAGUGUUGAGGAAAUGAGGGAGCUUUAUGUAAAGGCCUUGGAAAAGGACCGGGCAAACAUUAAAACUCUGUAUCAGACCAAACAUUGUGCUUUAUUCGAUCCCCUCACUCCUUGCGGAGAUACUGUUUUCCACAUUGCAGCAUACAUGGGAAGCAUAGAUCUGCUUGGAGAUCUCUUCGGUAUGGUUGCAAUGCCUAGAAAAUGUGAGGUGUUCACGAUGAAGAAUAGUCAUGGCAACACCCUUCUCCACGAGGUGGUCAUGAGCAACGAUGUUGAGGCAGCAAAAUUCUUGGUUGAUAAGAUUGGACAUGAAGGACAAGCGAGUAUGCUGAUGGACCGCAAUAAUUUAGGGGAGACGGCGCUAUACAGGGCUGCGGCAUUUGGCAAUAAAGCAACGGUGGAGUACUUAGUAAAAAAGGUGGAAUGUCAACAGGGAAAUCUGAAAGAUGAUCACUUCACAAGAACAUCUGAUGACCUCUCCAUUCUUCAUAUUGCUAUCAUGAAUGAAAAAUUCGAGACAGCUAUUUGGUUACUAGACAAAGAUCCAGAGCUGGCGACAAAGAAAUGUUCUGGGAAGACAAGUCUUCACAUUCUCGCUAGCAUGCCGACUGCCUUCAAAAGUUCUUCUUCCAUAAUGUAUGGAUUGGAGAUUAUAUAUAGAUAUAUUCCAGAGGAAUUAGUCUAUAGAGAUGAAACUGAACAGGAUGUACAGAGCAGUGAGAGUGGGAUACGCUGUAUACAUAUUCCAGGCAACUUAGUCGAUGGAGAUGAAACUAAACACGAUGUACCAAGUCAAAGCAGUGAGACAAAGAUAUGCUGUGUAACAAGGAUAAAGAAUACAUGUGUACGCAAGUACCAUGAUCUUUGGACGUAUCUAGCUGAAAGAUGGAAAUUGAUUAAGGAAAUAGGGAAAACGAAAAAGAAGCAUGAGACUGCAGUUAAAUUGGCCAAGAUGCUGGUAAAGAUGGAUUCUUGCUCGUGGCGUGAGCACUACAACGAAGAAGGGCACAAGAACAUUGUUUGCUUUUCAGGAGACGAAGAAACAGGGGAGCCGUUGUCCCAAGCCAUAUGUGUUGGCACCACCGCCAAGAUGCUGGUAAAAAUGGAUUCUUCCACUUGGCGUGAGCACUGCGACGAAGAAGGGCACAACAUCAUUAUUUGCUUUUCAGGAGACCGUAAAAAGGGAGGCAAAGAAACAGGGGAGCCGUCGUCCCAAACCGGAUGUGAUGGCACCGCCGCCACCAUUGGGGCAGCUCCGGAUACUCCAUUGAUUAUUGCCGCCAGGACAGGGAUCAAGGAGAUUGUAGCCGAGAUUAUCAACGUGUAUCCUCAAGCACUGGAGCAUGUUACCAGGAGUGGACAGAAUAUUCUGCACGUGGCCAUUCUACACCGUAACCACAUCCUUGAUCUCAUCAAGUCGGAGAGGAAAGUGGUGCGGCAGAGGUUGAAUUUAGGAAUCGACAACGAGGGUGACACCAUUUUGCACAAAGCCGCCUCUACAAAAUACUAUAGCGGAGGUACCACAUCGACAGCGGCUCUGAAACUGCAAGAGGAGCUGAGAUGGUUCAGAGAGGUGGAAAAAAUGGUUCCUCUUCCUUACACAAUCCAUCUCAACAAGAAGAAUCUUACGGCGAAGCAACUGUUAAAAGACGAGCACAAAGAACAACUGAAAGAGGCCCAAGAAUGGGUCAAGAACACUUCUCAGUCAUGCUCCACCGUGGCUAUCCUAGUCGCCACGGUUCUCUUCGCUGCCGUCUUCGCCGUCCCAGGUGGUUUCAUAGGAUAUGGCGACGCAAAAGACGGAGCGGCUAAUGCACCUGCCCCAGCGGUAGCCGGAACGGCUGUCCUUGCGAACGAGCCUCUGUACUCUUUUUUCACUGUGAUGGACGUGGCCGGACUGGCGAGCUCAUUAACGUCGGUGGUGCUCUUCCUUUCAGUGCUCACAUCGUCACUUGAUCUGGAAGAAUUUCACUAUCAAAUUCCCUCGAAACUGUCGGCUGGCUUCCUCUUUCUGUCCUUUGCCAUUGCGACCACUCUGUUUUCCUUCACAGCUGCAACUCUCCUCACCUUUCGUUUGGAGUCGGCAUGGACUACGUCUCUGACCUACGCCGCUGCGUUCCUUCCAGUCAGCAUCUAUGGGGUUGUGCAGUUCGGUUUGUAUUUCGCAUACCUCAAGAGUGCUUUAAUCGGUAUUUUUAGGCUCGUGAAGCUGCUUCUUCCAGGGAAAUAACUUUGCAUAUUUUUAAGCUUAAAAUAUUAUUCUAGUUACUUGACUUUUAAAUUUUGUACUAAAUCAAUUCUCAAAUUUUAA